AUGAUGGAGAUCACUUCUGACUCAAUAAAGUGUGUAGCCGUAGGGUGGCUGGUCGGUCCUUUGAAGAAGCAGGAGAAGGCAGAGGAGUGCAAGAUCCAGAUGACAGUGGACAACAUCCCAUGCACAAUCACCUUUGUUGACGCCACUGUCAUCGAUGAUUACGACUACAAGCAAUGGAAGGAUGUCAUCUACCCAGGAACAGACAUCUACUUGCUCUGUUGA